CCAUCACACAAUGUCACAAGUUCGACUCAUUGUUCGUCACGCCAGACAGAUCGUGCAGGUCUGUCGCAACAAGGAGGCUCGUUUGAUAGGAAAAGAAAUGAAUAACGUGUGUGUGAUGACGUGUGACGAGUGUGGAGACGAAGGACUUUCUCUCAUCAUUUCACACGACGGGCUCAUACUUGAUGUGGGAACGGAUAGAGAAAUUGCAGUAAAAUAUGACGGUGUCAAAGCUGAGAGAGAAAUAAAUGCGAGAAAUAAAUCAAUUUUGCCGGGGUUUGUAGAUGCACACACUCACCCAGUCUGGGCUGGAGAUCGUGUCCAUGAAUUUGCAAUGAAGCUUGCUGGUGCUUCUUACAUGGACGUUCAUUCCACUGGUGGAGGCAUACAGUAUACUGUUGCUCACACACAACAAGCCACUGAAACCGAACUCUACAACUCACUGAAGCUUCGACUUCGACAAAUGCUGUCAAAUGGAACAACGCUCAUAGAGUGCAAGAGCGGAUAUGGACUGGAUGUUGACACUGAGAUAAAAAUGUUGAAAGUUAUUGAGAGAGCGAGAAGAGAACUCGAUAUUGGAAUUUCAGCGACAUUUUGUGGAGCUCAUAGUAUUCCUAAAGGAAGUUCUGAAGAACAAGCAGCUGACAAUGUUAUCAAUCAACAAUUACCUGCAGUGUGUAGACUAAUGGAGUCUAAAGAUCUGCAUGUGGACAGCAUAGAUGUCUUCUGUGAGAAAGGAGUGUUUGGUUUAGAGACAACGAGACGCAUUCUAGAGGCAGGAAGAGACGUCGGUCUUGCUCUGAAUUUUCAUGGUGAUGAACUACAUCCCAUGGAAGCUGGAAAGCUUGGUGCAGCAAUGAAAGCUCGAGCUGUCAGUCAUUUGGAAGAAGUCAGCCAUGAAGGAAUCAAAGCAAUGGCAACAGCCGGCACAAUUGCCAUAUUACUGCCAACUACAGCAUACAUUCUACGUCUCAAACAGCCACCAGCAAGACAAAUGAUAGAAGAAGGUGUGGCUGUAGCACUUGGCACUGACUUCAAUCCGAAUGCUUACUGUAUGAGCAUGCCUCUCAUAAUGCAUUUGGCAUGUGUGAACAUGAGAAUCACUUUAAACGAGGCUUUGGCUGCAUCGACAAUCAAUGCGGCUGCAGCUUUGGGUAAGGCUGACACACAUGGAUCAUUGGAGGUUGGCAAAGUGGGUGACAUCAUCAUCGUGGAUGCACCAAGAUGGGAGCAUAUAGUUUAUCAGCUGGGAUGUCACCGUGACAUCAUAACACACGUUGUCAUCGCUGGUUGUGUAGUGUAUGAGCCAACUAAGCCCGAGUGAUGUUUCCAACACUGCAGUUCAUUCUUCAGUGAAAUUUGACUGACAUGUAAGUUAGCCAUGCUGUAGCUGGUUCAGUAGAUGUUGAAGAUGUUUUUGACUUCAGUUUGUGGAGUGUGGGGAUGAGGUGAUGUGAUGGGUUUUUGGGUCUGUUUUCUCUUUGUUGGUGUGGUUUAGUUGCUAAUUGCUGUAAGAGUAGGGAUUUGUAUUUUGAUGAAUUUGGCAUUUAUUGAAUUUAUUGGCCGUUGUGUACAACGGAUGGGGAUAUGGACACACACAGUGACACACACACACACACACACACAC